GGUCUGAAGAUAGUGAAUGGUUGUGGGUAAAGGGUCUGAAGAUAUGUGAAUGGUUGUGGGUAAGGGGUCUGAAGGUAUGUGAAUGGUUGUGGGUAAGGGGUACGAGUUGGUUAAGGAAGUGGUGAGAAUGAGUGAGAGAUGUAGAAAAAGAGCGUAAAGUAAUGAAUGGGUGAAAAGUAAAGACAGUGGGUGAAGGAAUAGAUAUGAAUAGGAGGAUGGGGUAAGACUGAAUAUGAAUCUGCAUAAACGACGCAGUGGGUGGAGGAGAGUGGGAGAGCACUGGGAGAAGCUCGACUGGGAGAUUCCUUGGUGACAGGCUUCCUAGUGGUACGUUUGAUACCCCUUAAAGUUGCUUCCUUACUGCAGUUUCGCAGUUUAAUACAUCUCAGUCUUGUUCCUGCAGAGAACUUUCAGCAUUCUUUUCUUCUUGUAAGUACUUAAAUAUAUGUACAAAUAUGAAUCAAAUUUCAUUUCAGGUGAAUUUCCGCGACUAUAAAUAACUACCACCAUGUGUGACGACGAGGAACAGGUAGCCUUGGUUGUGGACAAUGGCUCCGGCAUGGUCAAGGCCGGCUUCGCUGGUGACGACGCUCCCCGCGCCGUCUUUCCUUUCAUCGUCGGCCGUCCUCGUCACCAGGGUGUGAUGGUCGGUAUGGGUCAGAAGGACGCCUACGUCGGAGAUGAGGCCCAGAGCAAGAGAGGUAUCCUGACUCUCAAGUACCCCAUCGAGCACGGCAUCAUCACCAACUGGGACGACAUGGAGAAGAUCUGGUACCAUACCUUCUACAAUGAACUUCGUAUUGCCUCUGAGGGGAGAAAAAGAACAGAACAAGUGAAGAGUAAGUCUAUGCUGGAGCGACCCCAACUGCCUAAUCUAGAGUUUUCUCAUCCCGUGCCUCCUAACAUUAUUGGCGUUCUUACCACACGGCUCAACCUCUAA